AUGGGUGCAGAUUCAGUAGAGGCACCAAAGAAGAAGCAGUCAGAACCAGGAGAGAACAGGGCAUACUUCCGACAGGGUGUUGCCCUCCAAUAUCUUGGACGCCAUGCAGAUGCUCUGGCAGCCUUUGCAUCAGGCUUGGCCCAGGAUCCCAAGAGUCUACAACUUCUGGUUGGGAUGGUGGAAGCUGCCAUGAAAUCUCCCAUGCGAGAGUCCCUCGAGCCCACAUAUCAGCAGCUUCAGAAGAUGAAACUGGACAAGAGCCCGUUUGUGGUGGUGUCUGUGGUUGGCCAGGAGCUGCUGACGGCCGGCCAUCACGGUGCCUCUGUGGUGGUCUUGGAAGCCGCUCUGAAGAUUGGCACUUGCAGCCUGAAGCUCAGAGGCUCUGUUUUCUCUGCCCUGAGCAGCGCUUACUGGUCCCUGGGCAACACAGAGAAAAGCACCGGCUAUAUGCAACAGGAUCUGGAUGUAGCCAAGACCUUAGGUGACCAGACGGGCGAAUGCCGAGCUCAUGGGAAUCUGGGCUCCGCAUUCUUCUCCAAAGGAAAUUAUCGAGAGGCUCUCACUAAUCACAGACAUCAGCUGGUGCUGGCCAUGAAGCUCAAGGACCGAGAGGCCGCCUCUUCAGCCCUGAGCAGCCUAGGCCAUGUCUACACAGCCAUCGGAGACUAUCCUAAUGCCUUGGCUAGCCACAAGCAAUGUGUUCUUCUGGCCAAACAGUCCAAAGAUGAACUUUCUGAAGCCAGAGAGCUGGGCAACAUGGGCGCCGUGUACAUUGCCAUGGGGGACUUUGAGAAUGCUGUGCAGUGCCAUGAGCGGCAUCUGAAAAUAGCCAAGGACCUGGGCAACAAGCGAGAGGAGGCCCGGGCCUACAGCAACCUGGGCAGUGCCUACCACUACCGGAGGAACUUCGACAAGGCCAUGUCGUACCAUAACUACGUGCUGGAGCUGGCUCAGGAGCUCCUGGAGAAGGCCAUAGAGAUGCGUGCCUAUGCUGGCUUGGGGCAUGCAGCCAGAUGCAUGCAGGACCUGGAGAGGGCCAAGCAGUACCAUGAACAGCAGCUGGACAUCGCUGAGAACCUCAAAGACCGAGCUGCUGAGGGGCGGGCUUCCUCCAAUCUGGGAAUAAUUCACCAGAUGAAGGGGGACUAUGACACGGCCCUCAAACUCCACAAGACCCAUUUGUCCAUCGCCCAGGAACUGAAUGACUAUGCGGCCCAGGGCCGGGCUUACGGGAACAUGGGUAACGCCUACAACGCGCUGGGCCUCUAUGACCAAGCCGUCAAGUACCACCGGCAGGAGCUGCAGAUCUCCAUGGAGGUCAAUGACCGUGCCUCUCAGGCCUCCACCCACGGGAACCUGGCCGUGGCCUACCAGGCCCUGGGCGCCCAUGACCGUGCCCUCCAGCACUACCAGAACCACCUGAACAUCGCCAGGGAGCUCCGUGACAUCCAGAGCGAGGCCCGUGCCCUCAGCAACCUGGGCAACUUCCACUGCUCCCGUGGAGAGUAUGCGCAGGCAGCACCCUACUACGCACAGUACCUGCGGCUCUCCCCCGAGCUGCAGGACAUGGAGGGGGAGGGCAAGGUUUGCCACAACCUCGGCUAUGCCCAUUACUGCCUCGGGAACUACGAGGAGGCCGUCAAGUACUACGAGCAGGACCUGGCCUUGGCCAAAGACCUGCACGACAAGCUGAGCCAAGCGAAGGCCUACUGUAACCUGGGCCUGGCAUUCAAGGCCCUGCUGAACCUCAGCAAGGCCGAGGAGUGUCAGAAGUAUCUGUUGUCCCUCGCCCAGUCUCUGAACAAUCCCCAGGCAAAGUUCCGAGCCCUCGGCAACCUGGGGGAUAUUUUCAUCUGUAAAAAAGAUAUCAACGGCGCCAUCAAAUUCUACGAGCAGCAGCUGAGCCUGGCGCACCACGUCAAAGACAGGCGGCUGGAGGCCAGCGCCUACGCGGCCCUGGGUACCGCCUACCGGCUGGUGCAGAAGUACGACAAGGCCUUGGGCUACCACACGCAGGAGCUGGAGGUGUGCCAGGAGCUGAGUGACCUCCCAGGCGAAGGCCGGGCACAUGGCCACCUGGCGGCCGUGUACAUGUCCCUGGGCAAGUACACCAUGGCCUUCAAGUGCUACGAGGAACAGCUGGAGCUGGGCCAGAAGCUGAAGGAGCCUGGCAUCGAGGCCCAGGUCUAUGGCAACAUGGGCAUCACCAAGAUGAACAUGAGCGUCAUGGAGGAAGCCAUCGGCUACUUCGAGCAGCAGCUGGCCAUGCUGCAGCAGCUUAGCGGCAACGAGUCCGUGCUGGACCGCGGCCGGGCCUACGGCAACCUGGGCGACUGCUACGAGGCCCUGGGCGACUUCGAGGAGGCCAUCAAGUACUACGAGCAGUACUUGUCUGUGGCACAGAGUCUGAACCGCAUGCAGGACCAGGCCAAGGCCUACCGCGGCCUUGGGAACGGACACAGGGCCAUGGGGAGUUUGCAACAAGCACUUGUGUGUUUCGAGAAGAGGCUGGUGGUGGCCCAUGAGCUGGGGGAGGCCUUCAACAAGGCCCAGGCCUAUGGUGAGCUGGGGAGCCUGCACAGCCAGCUGGGAAACUAUGAACAGGCCAUCUCAUGCCUGGAGCGCCAGCUGAACCUGGCCCGGGAGAUGAAAGACCGCGCCCUGGAGAGCGACGCUGCCUGCGGCCUGGGCGGCGUUUACCAGCAGAUGGGCGAGUAUGACACGGCCCUGCAGUACCACCAGCUAGACCUGCAGAUAGCGGAAGAGACCAACAACCCCACGGGCCAGGGCCGUGCCUACGGCAACCUGGGUCUGACCUACGAAUCUCUGGGCACUUUUGAGAGGGCUGUGGUUUACCAGGAGCAGCACCUCAGCAUCGCAGCCCAGAUGAACGAUUUGGUGGCCAAGACCGUGUCCUACAGCAGCCUGGGCCGGACGCACCACGCCUUGCAGAACUACUCCCAGGCCGUGAUGUACUUGCAGGAAGGUUUGCGGCUGGCCGAGCAGCUGGGGCGGAGAGAGGACGAAGCCAAAAUUCGCCAUGGUCUGGGCCUCUCCCUUUGGGCCAGUGGAAACCUGGAGGAAUCUCAGCACCAGCUCUACAGAGCAUCAGCCUUGUUUGAGACCAUCCGCCAUGAGGUGCAGCUGAGCACGGACUACAAGCUGUCACUGUUUGACCUGCAGACAUCAUCCUACCAGGCCUUGCAGCGGGUGCUCGUCAGCCUCGGUCAUCACGAUGAAGCCCUGGCCGUGGCAGAGAGGGGAAGGACCAGGGCGUUUGCCGAUCUCCUGGUGGAACGUCAGACGGGCCAUCAGGACUCGGACCCUUACUCACCAGUGACGAUUGACCAGAUCUUAGAGAUGGUGAAUGGCCAACGGGGGCUUGUACUGUACUAUUCGCUGGCAGCAGGUUACCUGUACAGCUGGCUGCUCGCUCCAGGGGCAGGAAUUCUCAAAUUUCAUGAAUAUUAUUUGGGUGAUAACAUGGCAGAAAACUCCAGUGACUUCCAGGAAACAAGCAGCAUGAUUCUCCAGACAGUUACCAGCUCUGCCCUCGAGCAAUACAUCGCCAGCGUUCGGGAGGCCUUGGGAGUGGAUUCCUAUUACACCAGAGCCUGUGCCAGCAGUGAGACAGAGAGUGAGGCCGGGGAGCUCAUGGACCAGCAGUUUGAGGAGAUGCACAGCAAGCUUGCCUCUGUCACAGACCCAACGGGCUUCCUGAGGAUGGUCAGCCGGAAUCACCUCUUUAAUCGGAGUUGCCACAGCAUGACUAGUCUGUUCAGUAACACCGUGUCGCCUAUUAAGGAUGGAACAUCCUCUCUUCCCAGAAGGCCCAGCUCCCUUACCAAGCCCCCACUCCGGGCUCUGUAUGACCUGCUCAUAGCACCCAUGGAAGGGGGCCUGAUGCACUCCAGUGGGCCUGUGGGGCGCCAUCGACAGCUGGUCCUGGUGCUGGAAGGAGAGCUAUACCUUAUUCCAUUUGCCCUCCUGAAAGGGAGCGCCUCCAACGAGUAUCUGUACGAGCGUUUCACCCUCAUCGCAGUGCCCUCCAUCCGGGCCCUGAGCCCCACCUCCAAGUCUCAUCUGCGGAAGAACGUGCCCGCUUACUCCAGCUCCACGUCGAUGGCAGCAGUCAUUGGGAAUCCCAAGCUCCCUUCAGCAGUCAUGGACAGAUGGCUGUGGGGUCCAGUACCUUCAGCAGAAGAGGAAGCUUACAUGGUGUCCGAGCUGCUUGGCUGCCAGCCUCUGGUGGGCCAAGUAGCCACUAAGGAGAGAGUCAUGAGCGCACUGACCCAGGCUGAGUGUGUUCACUUUGCCACCCACAUCUCCUGGAAACUGUCUGCCCUUGUCCUCACCCCCAAUGCUGACAGCACCCCCGGGGGCAGCCGGAGCUCCUUCGGGAACCCAUACACAAUUCCAGAGUCCCUGCGCAUGCAGGAGGAUGCCAGCGAUGCUGAGAGCAUCUCAGACUGCCCGCCCCUGCAGGAGUUCCUGCUCACGGCCGCCGACAUCUUGGACCUGCGGCUUCCAGGGAAGCUCGUGGUUCUGGGCUCCUAUCAGGAAACCAGCAGCAGAGUCACAGCCGACGGGGUCAUCGGCCUGACCCGAGCCUUCCUGGCUGCAGGGGCUCAGUGUGUCCUGGUGUCCCUGUGGCCGGUGCCGGUGGCCGCUUCUAAGAUGCUGAUCCACGCUUUCUACUCCUCCCUGCUGAAUGGGCUGAGAGCCAGUGCGGCCCUGGGUGAGGCCAUGAAGGGGGUACAGAGCAGCAAGCAAUUCUCUCACCCAUCCAACUGGGCAGGAUUCCUGCUCAUAGGCAGUGACGUGAAGCUGAACAGCCCUUCGUCCCUCAUUGGCCAGGCCCUGACGGAGAUUCUCCAGCAUCCGGAAAGAGCCCGAGAUGCCCUCCGAGUGCUGCUCCAUCUGGUGGAGAAGUCUCUGCAGCGCAUUCAGAAUGGGCAGCGCAACGCCAUGUACACAUCCCAGCAGAGUGUGGAAAACAAGGUGGGCGGCAUCCCCGGCUGGCAGGCACUCCUCACUGCCGUCGGCUUCAGGCUGGACCCUCCGGCCAGCGGGCUGCCCGCAGCUGUCUUCUUUCCAACUUCUGACCCUGGCGAGAGGCUCCAGCAGUGCAGCACCACCAUCCAGUCCCUCCUGGGUUUGCCGUCCCCUGCCCUCCAGGCGCUAUGUAAACUCAUCACUACCUCGGAAGCUGGAGAACAACUCAUCAGCCGGGCUGUUAAAAAUAUGGUUGGAAUGCUCCACCAGGUCUUGGUCCAGCUCCAAGCCGGAGAGAAGGAACAGGACUUUGCCUCGGCUCCGAUCCAAGUCUCCAUCAGCGUCCAGCUCUGGCGACUCCCGGGCUGUCACGAGUUCCUGGCAGCCCUAGGUUUUGACCUCUGUGAAGUUGGCCAGGAAGAGGUGAUUCUAAAAACUGGAAAACAAGCAAAUCGACGAACCAUCCAUUUUGCUCUCCAGUCCCUGCUGUCUCUCUUCGAUUCCACAGAGCUCCCCAAACGCCUUAGCCUCGACAGUUCCUCGUCGCUGGAGUCUCUAGCAUCGGCCCAGUCCAUCUCCAACCAGGCUCCCUUGGGGUAUCCAAACCCCCCGUUUUCCCCCACUUGCCCGGAGAGUGUUGCAUCUGACGCCAUCUCCGUGUACAGUCUCAGUUCCAUUGCCUCUUCCAUGAGUUUUGUUUCCAAGCCUGAGGGCACACUAGAAGGUGUAGGGUCCAGAGGACGGCAGGAUGGUGAAAAGCCCAAGAACACUUACCCCCAGAGGCCUUCAGCCCCAAGAAGCCAGCUGUCUCCACAGACCAGUGCUCCAGGAAGCAAAGAAGAAGAAGAAUAUGAAGGAUUUUCCAUCAUUAGCAAUGAGCCUUUGGCAACUUACCAAGAAAAUGUAAAGCUGAGAUUUUCACCAGAUCCCAAACAGUCCAAAGUUGGGACCCCUGGGGGUGUUAAAAUAUCUGUCAGCUCCAAAGGGAGCAUAAGUACCCCCAAUUCUCCUGUUAAAAUGACUCUUAUUCCCAGUCCAAACUCACCUUUCCAAAAAGUUGGAAAACUUGCAAGUUCUGAUACUGGGGAGUCAGACCAAUCUAGCACUGAAACCGAUAGUACUGUUAAAUCCCAAGAAGAAAACCACCCAAACCUUGAUCCACAAGAAUUGGCCCAGAAAAUUCUGGAAGAGACCCAGAGUCACCUCCUUGCUGUGGAGCGCCUUCAGCGCAGCGGCAGCCAGGUGGCCCAAAGUGCCCAUCCGGAAGAUGGGGCUUCCACCCCAAGCAGCGCCCCUUGUGCAUUCAGAGCUUCAGAGACGAGCGCGUUCAGCAGGCCCCUCAUCUCCAGCCAGAAGAGCCAGCGAUCGUCCCCAGUGACCGGGAGACCAAAGCCACCCACGAGGAGCUCGUCCCUCCAGAAGGUGAGCUCGGGCUACAACAGCCCCACGACCUCGGAAGUGUCCGCGAAGGAAGGCGUGAGCCAACACAGCGGCCGACCCUCCCCAAGCACAGACUCUCCUAGCUCUUUAACAGACCAGCCUCACUUUAAGUUAAAGUACCCCAGCUCUCCCUACAGCUCCCACAUUUCAAAGUCACCGAGGAACGUCUCUCCAAGCUCAGGACAUCAGUCACCGGCUGGCAGUGCCCCUUCCCCUGCUCUGUCUUACUCUUCUGCGGGAUCAGCCCGCUCCAGCCCUGCCGACGCCCCUGAUCUAGACAAGCUGAAGAUGUCGGCCAUUGACGAGAAGGUGCAAGCGAUCCACAACCUGAAAAUGUUCUGGCAGAGCACCCCGCAGCCUCCCCCGGGCCCCGUGAAGAUAUUACGCGGGGCUCCAGGAACGAUGACUUCCAAAAGGGACGUGCUGAAUUUGCUCAAUUUAUCCCCCCGCCACAGUAAGAAGGAGGACGGCGUGGACAAGCUGGAGCUAAAAGAAUUAUCUCUGCAGCAGCACCCGGCGUCUCCACCCGCCAACCCUCCCAAUGGCCACAGACGCUCAGACACCACCACCCUGACCCCCUCCCCUGUGCCGUCCAGCGGCACCCCGGGGGCCAUGCGACCCUUGAGACUGCCCUCCGGCAAUGGCUACAAGUUUCUCUCUCCUGGGAGGUUUUUCCCGUCUUCCAAAUGUUAAAAUGUCUCUCAAACCAGUCAACUCCAGCCACAGUCCCAUGGAGGGUCUUGGGUUCGCUUCUGCCUACUUGCCUCGUUCAAGUUUUGCUAAAGACGCGAUGAGCUCUGCGAUGGGCGCUGCCACAGGGCAACACAGCCAAUUCCCUCGAGCAGGGCCACCGAGCUCAUUUCAGCUCCCGACCACCCAAAGCCAGGAUGGACUUGGCGGCCAGUGCCUGGGAUCUGAGGGAAGUCUCCACACCCUUCACCAAAUGUUAACCUUUGAACUUGCUGAUUCUCAUCCUUGGUAUGACUCUGCAGGAGGAUUUUUAUACAGAAAUAGUUCAUGCUCUGGGGUGGGAGGGGAGAGGAAAGGGAGCACCUAUUUUGCUAAGAGGUAUAUAUGCCGUACCUUUUGUACACAAAUACAGAUAGAUUUUUGUAAGGCCUCCGGGUGCUGGCAGAAGUGGUAUAUAUACACUUUUUCUUAGUCAAAGCCUACAUGGAAGUGUUAUAUUAGCCAAAAAUAGAAUUAUGGUAAGAAGAUGCCAAUGAUUUGUAAUUAAAUUAUAGAAGUUUGGGCCUCAUAGUCUUGUAAUUUCACAGCAACGAUGCAAUAAUUCAGGUUAAACUGCGCUUCCACUCUGAACUUCUGUCAGUUACUAACUGUCCCUUUGGGCCCCGUUGUCAGCCAAACUUGAAUUUGCUCAAAAUUCAAGAAACAACCUUAUCCAGGCAUUUUAGAGCUAUGCAAAUAGGAUGAAAAUGCAACUUUUGUGCUUUUGAAACAUUUUGGGCCUUUUUUGUACUUGGGUAACUAGAAACAACUUGGUUUUAUUAAUAAUGAUAACACUUUACAUUUAUACAACACUGUUGUUUUUUAAAGCUCAAAAAGUUUUCUAAAAAGUGUCUAAAAAUUCUGAAUGCUCAUCAACAAGGAGUGGUUUGAAUUCCUCCAUUUUGUUAGAAGCAAAAGAAAGUUGUUUGGCGCAGUAGGUGUAACCAGAGGAGUGUGGUAUUCCGGCCCCUGCCCCCAGUCUAGCACUCCCCCUCUAUCCCUGGCCACUUCGAGGUCUCUUAUUCUGACUCCGAGCCUCCCAGAUUCCAUGUGAUCUGUCCGUUGACAAGGUCAGGAUUCACACAGUGUAGGCUGGGCUGUGGAGGAGCACUCCUGUCUCACUCUUUCCCAGGAGAGCUCCCCUGCAGGACAUUGGCUUGUUUGAAUGCCCAUGAGAUGUGCCUGUAUCUGGCACACCCAUCAGAAUGGAUCAGGAAGGAGGAGCAGGAGGGAGAGAUGGGACAGGGCAUUUCUGCAGCUCCAAGGUCACCACUGGAGGAGAGAAGAGGUGCCCUACUGAAGGGAAUAUUAGCUAGGGAUUGUAGGCAUCAGUCAAGAAAAGAAAUGCCCCCAGAUCAUCAUGUCAAUGUAGUGUUAAGGUAGAGAAUUUAAAUAUGCUAACAAGAGUGAAAAUCCCACCAUUGUCCUUCUCUUUGGGCCUCACAGAACAUUGGAUGCCAUCACCCCUGACAUAUGGCAAACACCUUGUGAUAGUUGGAUGGGGGACUUGAGUCAAGAUGCCUGGGUCCUACCUUCACUUCUCGCACUGAAUCACUUUAUGCCCAUAAACAAGCCACUUAGCCUGACUGUGCCUCAUUUUAUCCAUUUGUAAAAUGGAUGGAAUACUAUUGGCCUGAUUCAUAUUUUUCACACUAGGAAGUUUUCAGAAAAAAAUGUGUCUGAGAAGUAUAAGGUAGAGAGCUAAUCAUUUUAAAUUCUCCUCCUGAACACAAUCCAUGUAGGGGUUUGUUGUUUUUGUUUUUGCAUUUAAAAUCACUGUAGCCAUGUCAAUGAAUGCAAACUCUAAAUCCUUAAAUACGAAGGCACAUGUUUUGUAAGGACUCAAGCAACAGAUGAGGUUGGUCCAGCCACAGAAAAAAGCCAAAUUUGCAGCACUGUGUAUUUGGCUAACAAAACGAGAUCUGAAACAUGAAAAAAUUAGUGUGGAAGUCAAAGGAGAGGCUGUCAUGUGGGCAUUUGGUCAUAUGGCUGGUUCCCCUACCAUCCUCUUGUGACCAAGCACCAAAAUAAGGAAGUCACUGCCCCUCCCCUCAUCCAGAAGGGGCAGGCCAUCUGGGGGAACGCCUAUGACCGCUGCAAUUGUUUCCAAUGGAAAUAAUACCUGGUGUUAACCUAGCCAGCUGAGAGCACUGUUGUUAAACAUCACAGCUUAUGUUUAAGGCCACUGUCCUGGGCAGCAUUGCCAUGGAUGGGGACAGUUUUCAUGGUUAGUAGCCAAAAUGGUGUAUGCAACUCUUAGCCCCCGAUGAAAACUUCAGAUGUGAAAUUCAAAGUCAUGAAAGAAGAACGGGAACGUUUCCAGAUAAUGCCAUAGAAUCGGGGCCACUCGGCUCCCUUUGCAGAGCUUCCUUCUGAGAAAUUUUACACUGGUAAAAAUAAGUAUAAAGUUACAAAAUACAGUUGAGUUGCUAAUAUAAAGUAAGCUUGGGAUGAAGUAUGCAAUUAAGGCCGCAUGAAGAUUUGGCAUUGACUAAGAUGGUUGUGUGUAAAUGAUGAAAAUGAACUCUAUUUGGAAUGAUGCUUAAAGCCACAUUUGGGAGUUGGAUUUCCAUUAAUAAUGUGUGACAUUGUCAUACCGUGUAUAUGAUUGACUGGCAUUAAUGUGAAUUCUGAACCUGCAUUUCCCCACACGGACAGCAGUCCCCUUGUCCUCCUUCCUUGGGUGGGGCAAGCGGAGCCCCAGCACGAGACAGGGACCAGAUUUGGGGAGCCAAAAUUCCCUGAAAGAAUUCUAUUUUCCGUUUUGCAGAUCAUGGCACUUGGAUGGGGUUUUGUUUUUUUGUUUAAAGCCAGGAAGGUGAAAUGCCCUUCCUGAAUUAUGCUUAUACCAAUCGCAAAUUAUAAUGUCACUGAAUAAGCAAUGCAGGUCUGCUCCUCCCGAUAAACUUAGCCCAGAGACAAAACUGAGACAGUAAGACUACUGUACUUGCUGUUCCACACAUGUGCUUUUUCACAUAUAUCCUGAUUCUACCAAGUAAAGUAUCUUGUUACUCUGGUGAUCUUUGAGCAUAGUGAAAAUAGUAAGAACCAGCCUCGAAAAAUAAAAAUAAAACCUCGUCAUAUGAUCCAGACCAAUGUAUCUCAGUGACAGAUUUCUCUCUUCACCCCCUAAUUUAAUAAAUGGCACACAGUGAAAACUGCCAGGGUAAAACUGUGAUAAUGAAUCGCUGCUCGUUGCCGGUAGGCGUGCUCCGUCUCCUGUCUGUCUCCCUGUCUGUCCUGUCUACACAAAGCCCACAAAGAGAACUGUUUCCAGUUCAGGUGGAAGUCAUCAUCAGGAAUGUUUUUAGUAAGUAGGAGAAAAGUGCAAGUGGAAUCGCAUUCAUACCACCCUUUGCUGUUUUGUCUAAAGAGACUGGCCAUGUGGUUUGUGAACUGAGCCCUCGUUUCUGCCGGAUCCUUCAAAGAUGUUAAACUCAAGGAUGAUCACUGGUCAAUGGUAGUCCGUCUCCAGGCGCGUCCCCCAGGUAGCAGCCCCCCCUUGUAUGCAGUGUUAGCCAUGUUUGGCCUGCGUGGACUUUUUUUUUGUAAAUUACACUCUGUGUUUCCAGACAGCAUUAAACUUUUUAUAUUAUGAAAUUUACCAUGUAAAAAGAAUUUCAUAUUUUUAUUGAAAUUGCUAAGGCAUUUGGCCUUCUCCCUUUGUGAUUUCAGUGUCUAUUAAAAGCAUGAGCUCUCUCA